AUGUCUGCCCUUCCUCCAGAUGAACAUAGAGGUCCUACCUCUGAGGAAGGGAGUUGGGACAUCCUGUCUUCCCGCUCCGAUGAGGUAGCCUCUCACUCCUCCGACUUCAACGGAGUUGGUACAGCAUUUGGGGAUCUCGACUCACAUCCUUCCGAUAUGAGUCUUGCACUUUCCGCUGACAGCGAUGAGGUCACACUGGCUUUCCAAGAGCGAGACGACAUCCUGAAAGCAAAGCUUGCCAGCGUUGAAACUCAAAUCGACUACAUGACCAGUACUGCUAAUUUCCCCAACCUCUCUUCGGAAGAGAUUAUGAGCCGUCGCGAAGCUCGCGAGCAAGCCCGAGCCGAUCUUGUCAGGCUCAAAGAGGAGAACCAGGCCAACCGCGUUCGUUACGACAAACUCAGAGAGGAUCUUAUCAACUCUACCGAUGGCAACCUCACCCCUGCACAGGUUUUGGCCAAGAUUAAGGAAUUGGACCGAGUUGAGGUAGACCUUGCCGAAAGCAACGCGGCGCUGCGUCGCAUGAGUGAAGCCCAAGGUGACUCCUCGUCCGGUAGUGAUGGGGAUGAUGAGGCAUCAUCUGAAGAGGAUUUGUCUGAUGACUCGGACGAAUCCAGCGUCCAUGGAACCACCUCAGAGUCCGACAGCGAUGAGAUGGAGUCCCAAUUCGCUCGUUCAGAUGGCAACUCCGCUGCCGAUGGCGGCAACAAUGAUGCAUCCCCAGCCAACCAAGGCACUGCAUCUGCUGAUCAGGGCUGUCCCACCAACGACCAGAACGAGACUGUUUCCAUUCCUUCUGAUGAUCAGAAGUACACGAUCAACGUCAGCUCGGUUUUCAACGCUAACAGCAACGUUGAUUCUCGUCGUGUGCUCUUGGAAAAGAUCCCUCAAAGCACCACUCUGACUCAGGUUGCCAACGCGGUCUGUGGUGUUGGAGGCCUCGUCCGAAUCUCCGUUCUGGAGAACAUCAUCAAGAGUGGUACUGCGUUUAAGCUUGCCUGCGUUGAGUUCCGCGACUCGACCGCAGCGGAGAAGUACGUUGCCAAUGUUAAGGCCAACGGGCUUGAGCUUGUUGACGCCAAUGGACGAUUCGUCGACAUUGAAGUCAAGCUCAUCAACAACACAUCGUCCUACCAAUCCCGCCACGGGCACCCGCACAACUAUGGUGUCGGUCAUUACAGCGAGCACUCUGGCCGCUGCAUCACCCUCGACAACUUUCCCACCUCUGCGAUCUGGUAUCUGUUUACCCGAUUCGGGACUAAGUACAUCAUCCGUGCUUGGUUUUCCCCCAAUGAGAACCAGAUGAACGGCAAACUGUCCGUUGAGUUGGCUAGUACCUUCGAAGCCGGUCGCCUCUGCGGAAUGAUUCUCAACCGCGGCUUCCUGCCUUACCAUGGACCUGUCGCUCAGAUGGGAUUUGGUCCUACUCCCUCUGACCGAGAUGUCGAGGAGCUUACCAGUUCCGUCUCCAACACGAUCGACUACAUCUCUCCUAAACAUCUUGUAGAUACCUGGAAUGUGCAACCCUUCAACCUAUUCACCCCCGCAACAAACUUCGUGUAUGGUGCCCCUAUCCCUCGACGAGCGGUUACAAGCCGCACUUCGUCGAUGACCGUGGAGGUGUCGCGCAUCCCAUCUCACUACUCAGGAAUGUCCAGUGUAGUGCCGCACAUUCUCGUCCGUGAUGAGAAGACCUCCACCGACCUUCAAGAUAUUCCAAUGACAAACAUCACCCUUACCUUCGUCGAUGAGGAUAUGAAGUAUAUUGUCGUUGGUGGUCAGAUCUUUUCUCGAGAGGUCACGGGAGAUAUCUAUACCAAGGUCGAUGGCGUCGAGCUUGUCAAGCUUAAGCAGGACAACAUUCUUAAGACCAAAUGGGCCCCCUUCUGGAAGCACUACUGUGAGGUCAACGACCUCCCUGACAUCCGCAAGUACGCUGAGUAUGGACGAAUCGCCGGCAUUCGCCGCAACGUCAACAAGAAGUUCGGUUUCGCUUCCUCUUGGAACCCCGAGCGCCUCACAGCCAUUCCGACUCAGAUCAUAAACUAUCUAAACCCAAAGAGCCGAAAGGUGGUCUCGACCGCUGGGGCCCCUAAUCGCAAGUAGAUAUGUACCAAGAAGAGUCCGCGAUAGCUAGGUACGCAAAACAGCUGAUUAACAACGGAUCAACGGUGUUCAGGGGAACACCUCAAUAACGGUUCAGCAAUAUUCGGCUGAAAUAAUCAAAAACGAAGGCAAGGGAGGCUUGCGACUAUUUCCGGAAUGUUGUUUGCACACAGGUGAAUGGUAAUAUGGAACACAUGGGACAUCUAAGGGCUUUGCUGUAACGGGAUUUGUAUCACAUCUUUUUUGGAGCCCUGGGGAAUCAAUGAAUU